GCCGCCGCCGCCGGUGAGACAGAAGCGGCGAGAGGAGCGCAGGGAAGGAGCUCUAUGAGCGCAGCGAGAGCAGCCGCGUCUAAGGUCUUGUCCAGCGACGCAUUGCACUCGCCCACCCGUUCUGCCGCUCUGCCGGAGAGGUAGCUGUCCGUGUUGGCUGACGUCCGCGUGGGACCGCAGACGCUAGACGCGUGUCUGAGUCGCUGCAGCCGAAGCAUUGAUGGUCUCCGAACCUCCCCUUGCUCAGGCAGAACCCGUCUGAUAAACCCUUUGGUCACUCCAAAAUGCCUGUGAAGAAGAAGAGAAAGUCAUCUGGCUCUGAUGACUCCAGCCUCAAGAGGUGUAAAAUCACCAGUUUUUGCAGGACUCAAGCCCCUGCCAGGCUCAUCAGUCCGGAUGACCAGUUCUCCAGCAAGAAGUGCCUCUCCUGGUUCUAUGAAUACGCAGGCCCAGAUGAGGUGGUGGGCCCUGAAGGCAUGGAGAAGUUUUGUGAAGACAUUGGUGUGGAGCCAGAAAAUAUUAUUAUGUUAGUCUUAGCCUGGAAACUAGAAGCGCCAAAUAUGGGAUUUUUCACAAAGGAAGAAUGGAUCAAGGGAAUGACCUUACUGCAGUGUGACUGUACUGAGCGCAUGCGGGGGAAGCUGGACUACCUGCGCUCCCUGCUCAAUGACUCAGUCGCGUUCAAGAACAUCUACAGAUAUGCCUUUGAUUUUGCUCGGGAUAAAGACCAGCGCAGCCUUGACAUAGACACUGCAAAGUCCAUGUUAGCUCUACUCCUUGGAAGGACCUGGCCGCUGUUCCCUGUUUUCCUUCAGUUUCUGGAGCAAUCCAAAUACAAAGUGAUGAACAAGGACCAGUGGUACAAUGUGUUAGAAUUCAGCAGGACUGUGAGCGCAGACCUCAGGAAUUACGACGAGGAUGGCGCGUGGCCAGUCCUACUAGACGAGUUUGUGGAAUGGCAGAAGACUCGCGUGGUCAAAUAGCGGGACGAAUGGAGGGGGAGAGAAGCACGAGCCAGGAGGCUCACAAUGAGCAAGGACUGGCGAGGAGCGGUGGAGCCCCGCCCUCAAAGACUUUCUACAGUGUUCAUGUAAACCAACGGGGAACCGUUCUGUUCUGUUGUACACAUGUCACAGCAGUUAGGUGUCCAGUGUUGUAUGAUGUACUGGCAGUUUGUUUUUUUCCUUUGUCUUACCUUGUUUAUAGAAUGUCUUUGGGACAAGAAUAAAG